AUGACUAGUUCUCCCGCAAUUGAAGAGCUUAUACAGAAGCAUACUAAAAUGAUUAACGACAGUAACAAGACAACGGUAAAAAAUCAGAAGCUGUUAAACCAGAUUUGUCAAGAGCUUACACUUUCACUCUGCCAUCCACUGUUAGAGUUUGUUGAUGCUCUAUUGGAAAAAUUCAUGUAUCCAGAAGGUAUAGAGAAAGAUGCCCAUCCUGAUCUUUUCACACUGGGACAUCCAAGACUAUUGGAAUUGGUUUAUUUGAGACAGAGAGUCGAUCAACUACAAAAGUUAAACCGUGAAACUUUUGAGCCAAUCUCCCAAUUUUUCCCUCACCUACUUCAUAGAAUUGAAAAAAUCCACAUUAUACUGGUUCACCUUUUACAAGUACUCAGCAAUCACAUUGAAAUCCCCACGCAAUCGAAAUUUUACAGAAAGAUUGUGACGGAAAGCAUAUCUGAUUUCCAAAGAGCAUUCGAACAGUUUAAAUCCCUGGAUUACGUUUUAAUGGCACUGAUGAGAAAUUUGGAAAAAACGGGCUCAACGGACAAAACGUUUCUAGUGGAUAGUUCUCUUUUGCAGGAAAUUAAAAAUUUCGAUACAGAGAAUAAGCAUUGGUUUAACGAUAUUCUACAAGAAUCAAAGGCCCUAAAGGAGUUCAAUCAAGAAAUUGAGGACAACGAACACUCUGACAUCACAACCUUCCUUAGGGAUCGCAAAUCAAGAUUGCAAAUUUCCAGCCGAAGAGUUUUCUAA